AUGUCCACUCUCAGCAGCAUCCUCCCCAUCCUCCUCCUCAUGCUUCCAAUAACCAUGGCAACCGUCGAGAGCGAUUUUCCCAAAUCACCGCGUUCCAACUUCGAUCAAGAACAACAAGACUUUGAAUCCAAUGCUAAUAGUGCUCUCACCAUUCACAUAAUUAUAAGCGUCGUCGUCCUCGUCGUCUUCAUCCUUGUUAUCAUAAUCUUAGCGACCGCUGCACGGAGACGUCGACAGAGUCGUAAGCCGUUAGCAGGGAAUAUGUAUGAUAGGCCGGGAGUGAGAAUAACGACGGCGGCACCACCUUAUAGGGUUGGAGAUGAUGUUGAUUUGCCGGCAUAUUCGUAUGAGCCGGUGCGGGGGGAAACGGUCGUGGCUCAAUCAUCAUCAACGGUCGCACAACCAGCACCGGCGCAUGUGUCGAAGGAUGUGGUUUGA